UUUCACACCAAUGACAGGGCUGAGAGAUACGACUCAUCCAAUCAGCAACAGUUUAGAGCCAUGGUGGCGGGCCGUCACCGCCAUUGGAAUUUCAAUGUAAUUUGGCGGUUAUGUGGAAAACAUGGCGGAAAUUUUGAAAGAUUGCUGUGUACCUUGCAAGAUAACCUUGGAUGAGCUUGAGGCACUUUGCUGCAGGGAGAAGCUGUGCUGUCAGGAGCUUAAUGUGAGCAAAGUCAAUGACAGUGAAUAUGAAGUGGAGUUUCUCUCCGAUUACAAGAGGACCAAGGGAGAAGAGUUCUACUUUGUUAAGUGGAAGGGCUUCCCUGAAUCUGAUAAUACGUGGGAACCCAGAAGGAACCUCAAAUGUCCAAAACUGAUGAAACUGUUCCACCUUGACCUGGAUCAAGUGUUGAAGCGCCAAAAGAGGCGUGGCAUCCCCAAAAGGUUGGACAGAGAAGCAGCCUUGAUCAUGGUUCAAAAAGCCAAACUUCGUCAAAGUCUGCAUCGAUGGGAAACCCAUUUAAAUAAGACGCGCAAUCACCCAGGUCGCAUUUACGUUGCAAACGAAGUUGACUUAGAUGGCCCUCCAAAACACUUCACCUACAUUAACAACUACAAAGUUGGCCCAGGCAUUGUUUUGAAUGAGAUGGCUGUUGGUUGUGAAUGCAAGGACUGUUUGAAGGAGCCGAUGAACGGUUGCUGCCCAGGGGCUUCACUCCAUCGAAUGGCCUACAAUGACAAGGGUCAGGUACGGAUCCGGCCAGGACAGCCCAUAUAUGAGUGUAACUCCAGAUGCAACUGUGGGCCUGACUGCUCUAAUAGAGUGGUGCAGAAAGGUAUCCAGUUUGACCUGUGCAUCUUUAAGACAGAGAACGGCCGAGGCUGGGGUGUCCGCACUUUGCAGCACAUCAAGAAGAACACUUUUGUAAUGGAGUACGUGGGAGAGAUCAUUACAACAGAUGAAGCAGAGAGAAGGGGUCAUUUCUACGAUCGCCAAGGCUCUACAUACCUCUUUGAUCUUGAUUAUGUGGAAGAUGUGUACACUGUGGAUGCAGCUCAUUUAGGGAACAUUUCCCACUUUGUCAAUCACAGCUGUAACCCAAACCUGCAGGUCUUCAAUGUGUUCAUUGAUAACAUUGAUGAGAGGCUUCCUAGAAUUGCUUUAUUUUCAACACGGGCGAUUCGUGCUGGAGAAGAGCUUACCUUUGACUACAAGAUGCAAAUUGAUCCAGUGGACACAGAAAGCACCAAAAUGGACUCCAGUUUCAGUCUAGCAGGACUCCCUACCUCACCAAAGAAAAUGAUUCGAGUUGAGUGUCUGUGUGGAUCAGAAUCUUGUCGAAAGUAUCUGUUCUGACAGGGGACUGCAGAGAAUAUUGGUUUUUAAAAAGAAAUGAGAGCUGUACAGUUUAAUUAUUUUAUUAAUGAACCACCAUCAACUUCUUGUAUUUUAAUAUGGCAGUUUUUUAAGACAUAAAAUGAUUGUUCUUUUCCUUGAACUGCAGCUUUGAAUGAAUUAUUCUGUUGUUAAAUUUUGAGUCUGCCUUUGUCUGUUUUUGUCUACCCCUACAGCUGAAUGUUUUUAGGCCUGAUUUGAUAUACAGUUUUACAGGCUUGUUUAUUUCAUUACAGCCUGAGAUUUAGUUUUUUGUAAGUCUGCUCCUCUGAAAAACACUUGCAUGCAGAAAAUAAAUUGAAACUUACAUUUUA